AUGCCUGCCUCUUUGUCUACUGAAUUACUGGGUUCUGUUUUCGAAAACCCUUUUAUGAAUGCCUCUGGUGUCCAUUGUAUGUAUGUGAAUGAACUUGAUGAGCUUUCUGAAUCGAAAGCUGGUGCUUUUAUUACAAAGAGUAGCACUCCUUCUGAGAGAGCUGGUAAUCCGGAACCACGUUACAUCUCGGUUCCUUUGGGUAGUAUUAACUCCAUGGGUUUACCUAACCAAGGAUUUGAAUACUAUCUAGAUUAUGCUCUCCAACGUCAAAAGAAACAUCCAGACAGUGAACCAUUGUUCUUUUCUAUAGCCGGUAUGAGUAUCGAUGAGAAUUUGUCUAUGUUGGAAAAGUUACAGAAUAGUGAGUUUAAUGGAAUCACUGAAUUAAAUUUAUCCUGUCCAAAUGUCCCAGGCAAACCACAACUUGCAUAUGAUUUUGAGCUAACCAAAGAAAUCUUAACCAGAGUGUUUACAUUUUUCAAGAAACCAUUAGGUGUAAAGUUGCCACCAUACUUUGAUUUUGCACAUUUCGAUAUCAUGGCAGAAAUUUUAAAUGGAUUCCCACUAGCCUAUGUUAACUGCAUCAAUAGUAUUGGCAACGGUUUAUUCAUUGAUAUCGAUAACGAAUCUGUUGUUGUCAAACCUAAAAAUGGUUUUGGUGGUAUUGGUGGCGAGUACGUUAAGCCAACAGCUUUGGCAAAUGUUCGUGCUUUUUACACACGUUUGAAUCCAUCUAUCAAAGUUAUUGGAACAGGCGGUAUCAAAAAUGGUAAAGAUGUUUUCGAACAUCUAUUAUGUGGUGCUACUAUGGUACAAAUUGGUACUGAAUUACAAAAAGAAGGUGUUUCAAUUUUUGAAAGAUUAGAAUCAGAAUUAAAACAAGUGAUGAAUAACAAAGGUUAUAAAACUAUUGACGAAUUUCGUGGUAAAUUAAACAGUUUAUAG